GUAAAUAUCUGGAACACAUUUUGAUUAAAAGUAAUUAUCGAAAAACCUGUAAUAAAGGAUAUUUCCAGAGAGAGAAUUAGUUAUUAAACAUUAAAUUAAAAUGCAAAAAAGAAAUGGAAAUCCUCUUGAAUGGACUGUUAAAUCAAUAGGAAUAGCGUUAUUUCUAUUUGUAGGUGGUAUAUAUGUUAUAUACAAAUUCUGGCCGUCUCCACAAUAUCAUAUUCACCCUCAUCAUUUAAUGUCAUGGAAGCAUAAAGAUUUUAUCUCUAUUCCUAAUUCCAUCCUUGAAAGUGCGAAAACCAUUAAACCAGAACUUAAACAAGCUAAAUACGAACUUGAAUCUGAUCAGCAUAUUACUCUUCAUUAUCGGAUGGUUGAACCGUCGGAAAAACAACAAAGACAACCAAUUGACAUAUUAUUCUUACAUGGAAAUGCAUUUAAUUCUGAAGAUUGGGUAAAUCUGAAUAGUUUACAAAUUAUGGCAGCUAGUGGAUAUAGGUGUUUCGCUAUUGAUUUAAUAGGAGGGAAAAAGAGCGAUAGCACCUCUUCAAAGCAAUUAAUAUCAUCCGAGGAUAGAGUAAAAUUUCUUACAGAUGUUAUCAAAAGAUUAAACAUUAAACGACCUCUGAUAGUAUCACCUUCAAUGAGUGGUAGCUACUCAAUUCCCUAUAUUAUGGAACCAUCUCCAACAACCUGUACAGAUAGAAUAAGUGGUUUUCUUCCUGUUGCACCUGUCGCAACAGACAAUUAUCUUCCUAGUAAAUAUCAUAGGUGUAAAACACCAAAUAUGAUUGUAUACGGUGCAAAAGAUACCGGAUUAGGUCUGGAAGCGACUGGUAAUCUCAGAAAUAUGCCUAAUACCGAAAUUAUUCCAAUAUUAGGAGCUAAACACGCUUGUUAUAUGGAUAACCCAAAACUAUUCCAUAAACUAUUGUACAAUUUUGCCGAAGCAGUUGUAAGAGAAGAGCAAUUGGGUGACUAG